AUGCUGUUACAUCUGGAUAUCAGUCCAACCAAAGAAGAUAAAAUUGAUCCCCAAGUGGAGGAGUUAGAAGAUAACAUUCCCAAUACUUGGGAAGGAAUUGAUGUCUUUCCAAUAUUUAGUCGCCCUAUGAUUCCAUUACUUGCUUCCUGUGGUUUAGUGUAUUUCCUUUCUGCUUCAACUGGAUAUGAUACUUCACUUAUGUCAAGUAUUUAUACACAACCAUCGUAUUUUAUGUUCUUUAAAUUGGAUCCUGAAUCUUCUACUAGUACCGGGAUAGUAUUUUCCAUUAUUAAUAUAGGACAGGUAGUUGCAGCCUUAUUUUGUCCACUCAUCGAUUACUAUGGUAGAAAAAAAAUAAUCCAUUGGGGAAGCUUAGGAAUUAUUAUUGGAUGUAUUAUUACGAUUGUUUCACAAAAUAAAGAAACUUUAAUUGCGGGUAGAUUCUUUAUGGCAUUUUUUACUGUUCUAUCCGCGUCUGCAGGUUCUUUAUAUUUGACAGAAAUUACCCCGCCACAUGCAAGAGCUAGAAUAGCUGGUUGCGCUGGUACGUUGUACUAUAUUGGAGCUAUCCUUUCAGCUCUUGUUGCUUAUGGAGCUUUCAAACACAACAGUCCUUACUCGGAAAGAACUUUUAGAAUUCCUUUUGGGGUACAAUGUGUCUUUCCCGGUAUAGUUUUCGUAUUCGGUUGGUGGCUCCCAGAGAGUCCUAGAUGGUUAGUUGGGGUAGGAAAAGUUGAGGAAGCUAAGCAAAUUAUUGCAAAAUAUCACUGUAAUGGAAAUGCGGACCACCCACUUUUACAUUUUGAAAUAGCUGAGAUACAGGCUUCAUUUGCUGACGAAUCUUUAGAAUCUCCAGUAAAAUUAUUGGAUAUUAGACCUGUGUUGACCAAGGGUAAUCUUUACAGAACUUUCUUAGUUAUUGCAAUUGCUUGGUUUGGUCAAUUUUCUGGAAAUAAUUGUAACUCGUACUAUCUUCCAACAAUGUUAUCUAAGAUUGGAUGGACAUCUUUGGACAAGAUUGUUUUAAUGAAUGCUGUCUAUGCACUUGUUUCAUGGGUAGCUGCUGUUUGUGGUGCCUAUUUCCAUGAAAAGGUUGGAAGAAGAAAAAUGUUCAUGUUUUCAACCAUGGCUUGCGCACUUUGUUUAACAGGUUUAGCCGUUGCAACCGCUAGAUAUAUCAAGACAGGAGCUGCUGCAGCUUCCAAGACUGCACUUGGAUUUAUUAUCAUGUUUGGUAUGGGAUAUGGUUUCGGUAUAACGCCAAUGCAAAUGAUUUACCCAGCAGAAGUUUCCUCUAAUGUUUUAAGAUCAAGAUCAUUUAUAAUUUGGAAUAUAGCUGCUGGUGCUGCUCAAUUUGUUAAUCAAUUUGCUACUCCAACUGCUAUGGCUAAUAUUUCUUUCUGGUUUUAUGUGUUCUAUGCACUCUGGGAUGUAUUUGAGUUCUUUGUCAUCUAUUUCACGUUCGUUGAAACCAAAGGUAAGACCUUGGAAGAAAUGGAAGAAAUAUUUGCAGCAAAUAGUCCUAAGAGAGUUUCAUUAGGUGAUUAUUCAAAAGAAACAGACGAAUCAAGACAAGCAAUGCUUCAAGUUACCCAAGUGAUUGCUCAAUCUAAAAUCGAGGAAAAGGCUUGA